AUGGCAUUGGAUAAUAUUAUUGAUUCUUAUGAACGUGAUGGUUUUAUUAUCGUACCUGAUUUAAUUGAUAGUGAACAAUGUGAUAAACUUAAAACUGAAGCAAAGAAGAUUUUGAAUGAGAAAGGAAAUUCGGAUGCAUCUGUUUAUGUGCAUGCAUCAGUGAAAAGUUCACUUUAUAAACAAUUUCAUCAAGAUCCACGUAUACUCAAUGUUUUAAAGAAGAUUAUGCCCGAUGGUAUAAUGUUUUUAAGUGAUAAAAUUGUUGUUAAAACAGCUGAUAAAACAUUUGCUACACCAUGGCAUAUUGAUUGUUUUUAUUGGCCUAAUGCACGAUCAAAACUUUCAGUUUGGAUUCCUUUCGAUGAUGCAAAUGCUGAUAAUGGUACACUUACCGUUGUUCGAGGUAGUCAUAAAAAAAACUGGACAAUGAUAGACAAAGCUCUACCAAAUGGUGAAUUUGUAUAUCAAAUAGCUGAUAGUGAUAUCAAUAAGGAUGAUGUAGUUAUAUGUACAGUCAAACGUGGUGCUGGAAUUUUCUUUUCUGAUCGUCUUGUACAUGGUUCAACAACAAAUAGUGCAAGUAUUGAUCGUUAUACUGUUAUUAGUACUUAUCAUGCAUCUGCAGAUGAUGAACCAUUUGAUCUUAGUUUUCCCGCUCGUGAAAUACUCAGUUACUGA